AUGUGGCUGGCUGGCCAUCUGUCGGGGGGGCUUGGAGAGUGUCUUCCUUGGUGGCAGGCGGGGCUGGGCUGGAUGUCCUCGGGGGCCCUUCCUCCCGGAGAGGCCCCGGCGCCUCUUUGCGGCCGCUAGGCGGAGGGCGGAGCCGCGUCGGAGGCUGCGAGAGCGGCAGGCAGGCAGGCAGGCUCCGGUGGCUCCGUGCGCGUGUCGGGGGCGCCCAGGAUGCUCGGGGGCCCCGGGGGGAGCCAUGUCUCGCGCGGGGGACGCCGAGGACCCGCCCCAGCCUCCCGGGGCCGGGGAGCUGCCCACGCUCACGCCGGCCGGGGGUCCGCCCCGCGAGGAGCAGCGCCCACUCAAGCAGUCCCUCAGCAGCUCCCUCUGCCGUGAGUCCCACUGGAAAUGCCUCUUCCUCACCCUGCUGAUGUUCGGCUGCUUCGGCGUCAUGGCCUGGUGCCGCCUCUCGACGGUGACCCGCCUGAGCUACGACAGCUCCUACCAGGGCACCUCGGUGGUCUACCACGACAGCCCCUGCUCCAACGGCUACAUCUACAUCCCGCUGGCCUUCCUGGGCAUGCUCUACGUGGUCUACCUGGUGGAGUGCUGGCACCGCUUCGCCAAGGGGCAGAUGCAGUUCCGCGUGGACACGGCCAGCGUCUACGAGAAGGUCCAGCGCAUGCAGCAGGCCACGCCGUGCAUCUGGUGGAAGGCCAUCAGCUACCACUACAUCCGCCGCACCCGGCAGGUCACCCGCUACCGCAACGGCGACGCCUACACCACCACCCAGGUCUACCAUGAGCGGGUGAACACCCACGUGGCCGAGACCGAGUUUGACUACUCCGGCCACGGGGUGAAGGACGUCUCCAAGGAGCUGCUGGGCCUCUCGGACUACCCGGUCACCAAGCUCCGCUUCACCAAGUGCUUCAGCUUCGCCACCGGAGAGGCGGAGGCAGCCUACCUGACCCAGCGGGCCCGCUUCUUUGGCGAGAACGAGGGCCUGGACGACUACAUGGAGGCCCGCGAGGGGAUGCACCUCAAGAACGUGGACUUCAAGGAGCACAUGCUGGUCUUCCCCGACCCGGGGCGGCCCCCUUGGUACACGCGGCGCUGGGUCUUCUGGCUGGCCUCUUUCUUUUUGCUCUCCUGGCCGCUCCGGGUGCUGGCCGAGUACCGCAUGGCCAACGUCCACUACCACGUCGAGAAGCUCUUUGGGGCGGACGACGGCCCCAGCCCGCUGGACACCUCGGGGGCGUACGGGCGGCGCAUCUCUCGGGUUAACACUGUGGACAUGACCGAGCUGGAGUGGCACAUCCGGUCCAACCAGCAGCUGGUGCCCAGCUACUCGGAGGCCAUCCUGAUGGACUCGUCCCUCGUGGCCGGAACGGCCUACCUCCGCAGCUGCCAGCGCUGCCGCCGGACUGUCAGCAGCAACUCCCUGCCCUCGCGAGGCACCCGGGCCCUCUACGCCCGCCUGCCCUUCAGCUGCAGCCGCUUCUCGCUGGGCGGCACGCGCCGGUGCGGGGGGAUCCUCCGCAGCCUGAGCGGCAGCCACGUGGGCAGCAGCAUCGAGACCGAGCCGCUGGAGAGCCCCCCGUGCUACCAAGACGCCCUGUACUUUCCGGUCCUGAUCGUGCACGGAGGGGAGGGCUGCCAUCGCAACGGGCAGAGGCCCGGCCCGGCGGAGAGGGCUGCGGGGACCCCGCUGUGAUCCGACGGGGGGGGGGGGGGCAGGUUGACGCCGGGCCCCGAGGGAGAGAAACAGACGCACAGGAUCCCACUCUUCCUCCGCUGACCCGUUCCCUUGGCCUCGAGUGGGCUCUGACGUCGUCGGUUGACUCGAGACCCCCCGCCCAUCCCCCGUCCCCACGGAUUCUCUCGAAACAUGCAAAGGGACGGUCCCGGUGGUCAACAUUACCUUGUUUUGCACAAUACGUUUGCUUUGGAAAUGUAUUUAUUUCAAGGAUGUGAGAGGCGUCUCGGAAAACGCUUCGGAGAUGGGGGGAAAGGAGAGAGCGUUCCUGGCCUGGAAAAUAUUGUGAGGGGUGUCUCCGGAAAUAGGUUGAGACUAGAGAGAGGAAAGUGGGGAGUCUUGCAAGGCCGGGUCUGGGCACAGCAAACAGAAAACCAGUCCAAGAAAACAGGGGGUCAAAAAGAGCAGUGCGGGAAUCGACCCAUCCCACCCAUCUCCAACCAUGAGGGCUAGAAUCGUGCUUAGAACAUCAAAUCCUGGGCUCUGCUUGAAGCUCGUGGGUGUGAGAGACCUCCUCAUUGGAGGAGAGAGGGGGUGAGGGGGUCGUCACAAGGAACCCAGGAUCUUUACCUUUGUGACAGAGAUCAACAUGCAACACGUAUCCGUAUUGACCAACUCUACCCAGAUUCCUAUCUCAUGAAGUUUACCUAGCAAGUCAAGGUUCUCCAUAGCCAGGAGAAGGAUUUCAGAAUGCCAUGUGCUGGGAAGGUCUAUGGUAGAGUUAUCUGAUUGGACACCAUAGGAAACAGGGUGGUUGACCCAUCAGGGUGGUCCUCAACUACUCAUUCCCGUCGAGCUUGUACGAGUAUCAUUUGGAGAAAGUCUCCAAUGAGCAGAUAGGAAGGCCUCAUAUGAGUAUCAUUUGGAGAAGGUCUCCAUUGGGCAGGGAGGAAGACCUCGUACGAGUAUCAUUUGGAGAAGGUCUCCAUGGGCAGGUAGGAAGUUCUCAUACCAUGCUCUACUUACUUGAUGCAUCUGUGCAACAUUUGAGGAGGUGACAUGGUGAGCAAGUUCAGGAUCCUAGGUGGGGAAGGGGAGAACGGUCACGAUGAAGGCCAUCUUGGGCCAUCAGCUUUAUCAUUAGUGAAGGUCUCCAAUGAGAUGGUAGGAGGACCCCAUAUGAGUAUCACUACUGAAAGUCUCUGAUGGGCAGGUAGGAAGACCUCAUAUGAGUAUCAUUAGUGAAAGUCUUCGAUGGGCAGGUAGGAGGACCUCACAUGAGUAUCACUACUGAAAGUCUCUGAUGGGCAGGUGGGAAGACCUCAUACGAGUAUAGUGAAGGUCUCCAUUGGGCAGGUAGGAGGACCUCAUAUGAAUAUCACUAGUGAAAGUCUCUGAUGGGCAGGUGGGAAGACCUCAUACGAGUAUCAUUAGUGAAGGUCUCCAAUGGGCAGGUGGGAAGACCUCAUAUGAAUAUCAUUAGUGAAGAUCUCCAAUGAGCUGGUAGGACCUCAUAUGAGUAUCACUAGUGAAAGUCUUCGAUGGGCAGGUAGGAGGACCUCAUAUGGGUAUCACUAGUGAAGGUCUCCGGUGGGCAGGUGGAAAGACCUCAUAUGAGUAUCAUUAGUGAAAGUCUUCAAGUCUACCUCAUAUGGGUAUCACUAGUGAAGGUCUCCGAUGAGCUAGUAGGAAGACCUCAUAUGAGUAUCACUACUGAAAGUCUCUGAUGGGCAGGUGGGAAGACCUCAUACGAGUAUCAUUAGUGAAGGUCUCCGAUGAGAUGGUAGGAAGUGAAAGUCUUCGAUGGGCAGGUAGGAAGACCUCAUACGAGUAUCACUAGUGAAAGUCUUUGAUGGGCAGGUGGGAAUGAUAUGAGUAUCAUUAGUGAAAGUCUUCAAGUCUACCUCAUAUGGGUAUCACUAGUGAAGGUCUCUGAUGAGCUGGUAGGAGGACCUCAUAUGAGUAUCAUUAGUGAAAGUCUUCAAUGAGCAGGUGGGAAGACCUCAUAUGAGUAUCGCUAGUGAAGGUCUUCGAUGGGCAGGUGGGAAGCCAAACUCAUGUCCUACCAAAUGGCAAUCUCUUUGAAGAAGUCCAACCCAAAAGGGAUGUGUCCGUAUGGCCAUUCUUGGACCCUAUAUUCUAAUUUGGGGGAUUUCCAGGGGUGUGACGGGUUUGGACAUCUCCAACUUGUGUGAGAUUUUGAUUUUUUUUUUUUUGCUUCCUGGGGAAGGUAAACAAAGGCUCGAAAGCACCCCUGGCUUCUCUACUCAUGGUCAGAAGGAGAAGGAAACGGGAUAUUGGAACCAGACCUAGAGAUUUUGAAAUAAAAUGGAAGGCGGCUCCUCGCUUUGGGGGCAAAACCGA